AAGCUUUCUGGCGGAUCGUGAUUUGAAUUUGAAUCCGGUCCGGAGUGAUCGACCAAGGACUAGCAGCCUUUCGUCCUCUGGAAGUGUGGAAGCGUUCUCGAGGAUCAUUACCGGUGGACGGUGGAAAAUGAUCGACUCAGUGAUUGCCGCGUCUGACAGUGUUCGAAAGUAGAAUUGGAAAAAAGUUUAGCAAAACCGGAUGUGAUUACCAGUGCGUGCGGCGGUUGCAAGGAGCGUGUGCGCUAUUGGCAAUUUGUGGUGACAAAAGAUUGCGUUUCCGUUUUUUUGUUUUGUUUUGAGAGAGGUAGAAAUAAAUCCGUCAGCCCGAUUGCUGAAGAGUGUAGGAAUAUUGGACGAUGGAACUGCUGUCGAUUGUGCUGGUUUGCCUGAUGGCGGUCAGUGCGAACGGUGAGGUUGAAAGCAAAAGCAAGCCCGGACGAGGGCGGGGGUCCAUGUGGUGGGGAAUCGCAAAAGCAGGAGAACCGAACAACAUUUCCCCGCUGGCCAACGGGAUGAUCUACAUGGAUCCGGCGAUACAUGCCACCCUGAGGCGGAAGCAGCGCCGGUUGGCACGGGAGAAUCCCGGGGUGCUGGCGGCAAUCGCCAAGGGAGCCAACAUGGCCAUCAACGAGUGUCAGCAUCAGUUUCGGAAUCGGCGGUGGAACUGCUCGACGAGGAACUUCCUCCGGGGCAAGAAUCUGUUCGGCAAAAUUGUGGAACGAGGAUGCCGCGAGACGGCCUUCAUCUAUGCGAUCACCAGUGCAGCGGUGACCCACAGCAUAGCCCGGGCGUGCAGCGAGGGAUCGAUCGAAUCCUGCACGUGUGACUACUCGCACCAGAGUAGGGCACCGCAGGCCAGUACGAUGGGUGCCGUGGCCGGGGUCCGGGAUUGGGAGUGGGGCGGCUGCAGUGACAACAUUGGAUUCGGAUUCAAGUUCUCGCGGGAAUUCGUCGAUACUGGCGAGCGGGGGCGAACACUCCGCGAGAAGAUGAACCUGCACAACAACGAAGCUGGACGGGCGCACGUCCAGUCGGAGAUGCGCCAGGAGUGCAAGUGCCACGGGAUGUCCGGCUCGUGUACGGUCAAGACCUGCUGGAUGCGGUUGCCGAGCUUCCGAGUGGUGGGUGAUCUGCUGAAGGAUCGCUUCGACGGCGCCUCCCGGGUCAUGGUGAGCAACAGUUUGCGGACCAGUGUGAACGAGGCUACCCUAUCGAACCGCGCCAAUCCAAACGGGUUGAAGAGCCAGAACCAGGUCGGUGGCCCCGGUGGACCGAACAGCGUAUCGAGCAAUUCGAUUCACGCCAGGAGCCAUCAGCAGAAGAAGAUCAAUCGAUACAAUUUUCAGCUGAAGCCGCAUAAUCCGGACCACAAACCGCCGGGUACGAAGGAUCUGGUCUAUCUGGAACCAUCGCCGGGGUUCUGCGAUCGGAACCCGCGGCUGGGGAUCCAAGGAACGCACGGUCGCCAGUGCAACGAUACCUCGAUAGGGGUCGACGGAUGUGAUCUGAUGUGCUGCGGUCGAGGCUACCGGACGCAGGAGGUCAUUGUGGUGGAACGGUGCGCCUGUACCUUCCACUGGUGCUGCGAGGUAAAGUGUAAACUGUGUCGGACCAAGAAGAUUAUUCACACAUGCCUGUGAGUUUCACCCUCGGAGAGACUAGUCGAGUCAUGAGGCAAAAACUCCGAGAACGGUGUGUUUCGCGUCCACGUUUGUCCAUACGUUUUUCUGUUUCGUCCGUUUCUCUCCCUUGGCGUUGAUCUCUGAAUCAUAAUCUUGCGACAGUUUCGACCCAUGCAGAGGGGGUAUGGGGUUGGGGGAGGUGGACGUGGGUCAGUCGCGCGACAGUCGCAGAGUGCUGGUCAUCCCCGUGAACGUGCGGUGGGAACCAAAGUCGAACCUCGGCUGCCGGCCCGUCACGAGAGACGCAGAGUGGCACAAGAGAAAAACGAGAACAUCUCCUUAUCUUAAAUAUUCGACUUUUGUUUUAAGUUAUAAUGGAUGACAUUUUGUGCUUCCUUGCGAGAGCGUUCGUUUUUUUUUUAUGGUGGCAUUCUUGCUCUCUUGGGAGUAGCUGAAAAAGUUUAAGAUAAAAACCGAACCGAGAUUAAGAUUCCGGAAUCAAUCCGAAGGGGGUGGCCGCAGACGGACAGACGGAGAAAAAAUUUGUAAAUAUUUUAACCUUUUUCUUUAUAAAUAUUAUUUAAUUAACUAAAUUGACGACCAAAAAAUAUUAUAUAUUUUUUCGCUUGGUACUUUUUUCUUUGGUUAUUUUUUUGUGUUUGUGAAGGAAAAAUAAUUGUAAGAAGAAAGUUUCCCCUUCCUUGCUUUCGACCUUGUCCCCCAAUCCUAAGGAAGUGUAUCAUUCAUAUUAAGUAUUUAUUUACUCGGAAAGCGACUAGAAUGGUGGUGAAGCGAAAUACAAAAAUGCGAAAAACUGAUUCAGUAUUAAAUGUUCUAUUUAAUCCUUUGAUGGAGUGUAGCAACUAAGACUAAGAACCUGAACGCAUAUUGACCUUGUAGCUUUGUAAGCGAAAACGAGAUCCCAGUUAUUUUAACGAAUGCUAAGUUUGUUUUGUUUAGAUAAGCCGUGUACAGAAAGCGAGAGAAAGAGAAACGAAUUUUACUAAGUUAUGCAUAUAGAUAUAUUUUUUUUUGUAUUAGUUUAUAACCGAACGAAAAAUUGUAACAGACUAACAAUCAAACGAAAGACUGAUAGAAAUUAAAACGAUUUUGCCUAGAGAGAAAGCGAGAAAGAACGGUAGCUUUGUUUUCCAAAUUUACAGCUGUUUAGUAGGAAUAUCAGUGCAGGCACUAUUUUGCAGAAAAAAUAAUUAUCUGACAACCAAUUUUGAAACCGGUCUCGAUGUUGAAGAGAGGACAUCUUUGAAAACGCAUCACUGGAAUCUGAUGGGGAGGAUGAUCCUGCUAGAAUCGCUUCUUGUUAGAGGACGAACACUCAACUGAAUCUUGUGGGAGAUUGGUUUGACAGCCCCUUUGACCGGAUAUCAUGAUUUUCUAUCUCAUUCGCACAUUUAAACACACUGGGUAAAGUCCAAACGGUUCUCAUUACUCACCAUCUUGAUGGGACUAUCCUCUUCACUGGAUCCGAAUACCAUCUCAGGAUCCGGAGGAUAGAUACGGUUGGAUUUUAGCCUUAAUUGAUCUCUGACAAAGUGUUUGAACUUCUUUCCUACAACUCAUAAUUGAUUCCCUUCGAACUUUUCAAGAACGCGAUUCAAGCGAGAACAUCAUUUUUCAAAAAUCUCGGUGAAAUGCUUCCAAAAAGUCCUCCCUUCAACGCCACCAUGUUCCAAAAUUUCUAAAUUGUACCAACUUUCCCAGUUUCAUCAUUCUGUGACAGACAGAAUCACCUGUUUUUUGUUUAUUGAUCCUAAUCGAUUAAGGUUAUCUUCUUCAUGAGUUUGUUCUCCUUAACGCCAACGGAAAUCAGAACAAAAUAGAACAAUCAAAACAAUCUUUAAUUGUAAAUAUAGCCACGUAAGCAAAGUUCUUCCUAAUUAGUCUUACUUUAACCCAUUACCUGUGCUUGAUCGAUAGUAACUUAUUAACUCCUUCUUCAAUCUCACCUUCAACAACUUGGCAGUGCUCAUAGCAGCGUAAGAUUUAUGCAGUUUCAUUUCAAAUCGAUGUACAUAGGAACCACUGCUGCAGCUCUUGUAUUGGUAGUAGACAAGUGAUAAUAUUGUUUUAAAAAUCGAUCCGAUUUAAACUUAAUCCUUUUAGCAAUGCAAUCAACUCCAUCUGUGUAUGUGUUUGUGUACCCUACUUUUAAUGCUACUACAGUUUAGUUCAGCGUAAGAACGAAACACACAGAACAAUUAUAGGCUCCCUACUUAGUUAGCUACUUAAGAAUGGAUGUUUGUCUCCCACACAUAUUAUUCAUUACACCUACACUUAGAUAGAGAAACGUAUAUGGAUGUUCAGUUUGUGCAUGUAUGAGUGAGAAAUGAUUCAAUGAGAAUAUGUGAAUGAAAGUAGAACUUAUGUAUCAAACAACAAAAACAACAACAAGUAACGCAACGAAAAAUUAACACGCUUUUUGUAUUUUUUACAUAUUAUAAAUCAAUGUUGAUGCAAAAAAUUGGUGAAAACAGAUUCGAAAAAUAAAAAAUGAGAAUUUUUCAUGACAA